AAUCGUCUACAUUACACACUCGUCUUAUGUCCCAAUAAGUCAACCGAUCCUUUGGAGCAUCACAAUGCACCCCGUUCACAUCCUGUCCUACAUUCUGCCCUGGCCAUUAUCCAGCUGGUCAUCGGCAACGUCGCUGGACGCUGGGACAUCCAACAUCCAGCGGUCGAUAGGGCGCCCCGUGCGCAUCGAGCUCCAUCUUACAGCAGGGCAAGUAGACGCCCUCGGUGCUGGUCCACGAGAUGCCAUUCUCGUGAACAAUAGCUUCACCGGCCCUACUCUGCAUCUCAAGCAAGGCGAUGAGGUUGAGGUCAUAGUUCGCAACUAUCUCCAGGAAGACACAACAAUCCACUUCCACGGCGUUGACCAACGCAAGACGUCCUGGAGCGAUGGCGUACCAGGACUCACUCAGGGCCAAAUCCAUCCUGGUGCUUCGUACCGCUACCAGUGGACCGCAGAGCAGCCGGGGACGUUCUUCUACCAUGCUCACUCAAAGGGCCAGCUAAUGGAUGGCCUCUACGGCGCAGUCAUUGUCGACGCACUACCGGAAGUUGACAGGCCUUUUCACCUUAUCAACGGGGACAUGAAGGCUCGACAGGCGAUGAGGAGAGCUGAACAGAACAUGCAGCCACUGCUCCUCGCUGACUGGAGUCAGUACAAGUUUGAUGACUUUUACCACAUUGAGGAGAUUGCCAACUUCGAUCUCGCCUGCACAGAUGCC